AUGGCAGGCUAUAUAAAAUCAUUUGUGGGUGGAAUAUUCAAUGCUGCAGCAGCUAAUAUUAAACCUUUCAAAGUACAGAUUACAAAUCAAGACAAUAUUAAAGGUUUAACAAAAGUGAAUGAAGAUGAUUUUUUAUAUCUAUAUAAAAGACCAGGAUGUUUUGAAUGUGUGUUAGUCGGAAAUGGUAUCAAUAAUAAGAUUUACAGUUUAUUUCGGUUGACCAAAGAAGAAGAAGCAAAGAAUGUUUUUAAUAGAUUUUGCUCAAUUUUAUUACCAUUGGUAGUUAGUAGUAGUUCUGUUUUUCAAGAAGAUAUUCUACAGAAAAUAUCAGAUACUAUUAGAGAACACAAUGGAUGGAAUGUAGCUCAUGUUGCAGCUUUUGUCGGAUUGUUUGAAGCUUUUCGACAUCCUUCUAUAUCGAAGUAUAUAAAUUCAACAUCUACAGAUAACGAAACCAGUGCUCUAGGAUGUGCUAUCUAUGGUCUACAAGUUCAGUGUGUACAAGAAUUAAUGAAAUGUGAUUUUAAAUUAGAUACUUGUGAUAAGAAUGGCAAUACAGCCUAUCAUUUAGCUGUACAACAUUUACCUUCUGUCAUUCCAAUAUUAAUGAGGUAUGAUAAAAAUGAAGUGAUACAGUGGGUAAAUGGAAAAGGUGAAACAGCUCUAUAUUUAUCAUGUAAAUUAGAUUUAACAGAUGCCACUGAGAUGUUGUUACACGCUGGCUGUGAUCCUAGUAUUUCUACUACUGAUGCUUUACCAAUACAUAUAGCUAUACAUGAAAAUAGCUUGAAAUCAGCUGAGUUAAUUCUAAGGGACCAUCCAGACCAGUUAUCUGUUGUAGAUCAUAAAUAUGGCUCUACUGCUUUACAUUGGGUACAAACUAAAGAAGCUGUAGAAAUGUUGACUAAAUUUGGAUGUAAUAUGAAUGCUGUGAGUAAUUUUGGUGAUACUGCUCUACAUGUUAUUGUUAAGAAGAAACUAUUAGAUAUUGUUAUGUCUCUGUUAUGUCAUGGUACAGACUGUAAUAUAUUAGAUUCUAAUCAAGAAACACCACUUCAUUGGGCUGUAAUGAAUGACGAUGUUAAUUUUGUUCAAGUAUUUGUUGUAUUUGGUGCCAAUGUAAAUCAAAAGAACAAAAAUCAACAUUCUCCAAGGCAUAUUGCUGCCACAUCGCGAGGAAAGAACAAAGAACUGAUAUUAUACUUACUACAUAUAGCUGGGGCUAAGAGAUGUAGUGUGGAUAUUAAAGGAUGUUUACAGGGCUGUGUAGCAGAAGGCUCUCAUAAUGGUAUAGCUAAUGAUACUAUGAAAGGUUUACAGAAACUAGACAGUGUAGCAUUAUUUGAUGAACUACUCUCAGCUCAUGUUGCUUGUGGUGCUACAAUGAGUCAUAAAGAAGGAUCUGUAUUAGAUAUGGUUGGAGCACCAGUUAAUGCUGGAGAUAGAGUGCUAUGUUUAGAUGGUGGUGGUAUUAGAGGUCUAGUAUUAUUACAAGUAUUAAUGGAUAUAGAACAAGCCAUUGGUAAACCUAUACAUCAAUGUUUUGAUUGGAUUGGUGGAACUAGCACAGGAGCUAUAUUAGCUCUUGGUAUUGCUAAAGGUGUAUCUCUACAGUAUAUGAAAGGGCUGUAUUUCCGACUAAAGGAUGAAGUACUUGUUGGCAGGAGACCAUACCCUUCUGAAGCUUUUGAGAAUUUAUUGAAGAAAGAAUUUGGGGAAAGUGCUGUAAUGUCGGAACUGAAAUAUGCCAAAGUAAUGGUAACUGCGGUAAAAGCCAAUACCUUUCCUGCUAAAUUCCAUUUAUUUAGGAACUACACCAACCCAUUUCAAAUUCCACAUACCCAUGAUCCACCUGCUGGUGAUGAACAAAUUCCACCUGAAGAACAAUUAAUAUGGAAAGCAGCCAGAUCUAGUGGUGCUGCUCCAAGUUAUUUUAGAUGUAUGGGAUGUUUCUUAGAUGGUGGUUUAAUGGCUAACAACCCAACUCUAGAUGUUUUAACAGAAAUAAAUGAAUAUAAUCAGGGACUAAAGAUGGAGAAUAGAUAUGAUGAAGUACAACAGAUCGGCUGUGUAUUAUCAAUAGGAACUGGUAGAGUUCCAGAAGUAGUCGUUAAGAACUGUGAUGUAUUUUUUCCUGAUGGUAUAUUUGAUGCUGUUAAUUCUGUAAUGGGUUUAACAGCUUUAGGCAAACUUCUUGUUGACCAGGCAACUUUAUCUGAAGGUAGACCAGUAGAUAGAGCUAGAGCAUGGUGUAAUAUGAUAAAUGUACCAUAUUUUAGAUUUAGUCCCCAGAUAUCAGAAGAUGUACCAUUAGAUUGUUCUGAUAAUAAAACAUUGAUUAAUAUGAUGUGGGAAACAACGUGUUAUAUGGUGGCCAAUAGACAACGUGUUUUAGAUAUAGCUGCUUUAUUGUCUGGGGAACAAAUACCUUGUAAAAAUGACAAAUAA